CUACGUUGGCCACUGGGGGCGGCAGUGAGCAGGCUGUGAAGUUGAACCUUACAUGUCCAUCAAAUGCACUAAAAAGACCAUUAUGAUACAUCUCUUUUGGGGAAAGAAAGCAGCAGGGACGGAGAAGAAUGUGAUCAGAUGUGCUGCUGUUGAAAAGCGGCCCUCCUCUGCUCCUCUCGUCACAUCAAAGAGGUCUGAGACGAUGGAUCAGUCCUCCGAUGAAGAGGAGCCUCGCACCUUCGUGCAGGUCAUCAGUGACAAGUACAACACUGAGAACUUCCCCCACGGCCAGGGCCUGGGCGUCGUGGUUCUUCCCUCCCCCCCUGGGUCGCCUAUCAAAGAUCGGUUGUUUUUGCCCAGCGUGCUGGUCCUGAAUGACUGCGGCAUCAGGAAAGCAGGCGACAGGUCCGACAUUGCAGUUUUCUGUGCUCACGUGGUCGAGUUGGACCUGUCCUACAAUGAGCUCCACGACUGGGCUGAGAUCUGCACCAUCGUGUCCAACAUCCCUCACCUGGACUUCCUCAACCUGAGCAUGAACCCCCUAAACAGUGUGCCGCUGGAGCCCUGCAUGGCCGAGGUGUUCACCCGGGUGCGGCGCCUCGUCCUCAUCAACACGCACGUCACUUGGGACACCGUGCACACGCUCACGCGGAACACGCCGGAGCUGGUGGAGCUCUUCCUGUGCCUGAACGACUACGACGCCGUGUCGCAGUCGCGCACAUCCUGCCCGUCCCUGCGGCUGCUGCAGAUCACCGACAACAACCUGCGCGACUGGGCCGAGGUGCGCAAGUUUGGCGUGAUGUACCCCAGCCUCAGCACGCUGGUGCUGGCCAACAACAGCGUGGAGUGCGUGAGCGACACCCGGGAUGCCCUGCAGCGCCUCUUCCCCAACCUGCGCAGCAUCAACCUCAACAACUCAGGGCUGAGUAAGUGGGAGGACAUCGAGAGGCUGAAUUUUCUCCCCAAGCUGCAAGAAAUCAAAGCAAAGGGUAUUCCGCUGUUGGAGCCGUACACCGCGCAAGAGCGACGCUGCCUCCUUUUAGCACAACUGCCAACAAUCUUGGUGCUGAACGGAGGUGCGGUGUCCGAUAACGAGAGGGAAGACGCAGAGAGGUUCUUCGUCAGGUACUACUACCAAGACUGUCCGGAACAGAAACGUCCAGAAAGAGGAAACUCCUCGUACUUUAUCAGAAUUUUCUUUAAAUAUAUAUAUAUUUUUAUUUUCAUUUCAGUUAAUACUCAGGACGUCCUAUAUCCAUUCGGACCUGUCCACAUGGAUCUGGAGACCCCCAAGAUGGAUGAUGGGAGUUCUCCCGAAAUUCCUUUGCUCAUCCCUUUCAUUUUCUUCAGCAUCCCCUACCGCACCAUCUACGUCAACAACAACGGUGUGAUAUCCUUCAACGAACAGGUCAGCCAGUUCACGCCUGAGGCUUUCCCCCUGAGUGACAGCAGAUCGUUCAUCGCCCCCCUGUGGGCGGACGUGCACAACGGGAUCCGCGGCGACGUCUACUACAGAGAGUCAACCCGAGCGGAAAUACUGGAAAGGGCAACGCAAGACGUCCGCAGGCAUUUUAAAAACGUGCACAACUUCGCGGCUAGCUGGGCGUUCGUCGCCACGUGGCACCGAGUGACCUUCUACGGGGGGAGCCAGACCACACCGGUGAACACAUUCCAAACUGUGCUAAUCUCAGAUGGUGCCAUGUCCUUCGCCAUGUUCAACUACCAGGAAAUCACCUGGAGCACAGGCACAGCCAGCGGCGGAGACCCUCUAACCGGAUUGGGUGGGACCACGGCCCAGUCAGGUUUUAACGGCGGAGAAAUCGGACAUUUCUUCAACCUGCCAGGAUCGCGGUCCAACGAAGUGGUGACCAUCGAACAGACGACCAAUGUGAACAUUCCCGGACGCUGGUCUUUUCGUGUUGAUUCGGAGUUGGUCGAUCCUGCCAAUGGCUGCAGCUACAAUGGUCGUUUUUACAGACGAGGGGAGGUCUUCUGGCUGUCUGACCGGUGUUCGCAACGGUGCCGCUGUCUUGACAUCGACAAUGAGGUUUUUUGCCAGGAAUCUCCAUGCGGUCAGCUGGAGACCUGCGAGCAUCAGGACGGAGCCUUCUACUGCCAGCCGACUCGCACCAGUACCUGCGUGGUGUUUGGAGACCCACAUUAUCACACCUUUGACGGCCUGCUCUACCACUUCCAAGGCACCUGCACCUACCUGCUGGCUCGGCCUUGCUGGGAAGUAGCGGGGCUGCCUUUCUUCAGUGUCGAGGCCAAAAACGAAGACCGGGGCGUGGCUGAUGUCUCCUGGCUUAGGGAUGUAACUGUGGAGGUGUACGGUCACAGGAUCACGUUGCCCAAAGGAAGUCUGGGAACUGUUCAGGUGGAUAGUUUGGUGAAGACUUUACCGGUCCAAAUUCAGCUUGGUGCCAUCAGAGUCUACCAGUCUGGGAUGGCUGUCGCACUGGAGACAGACUUUGGACUACUUGUAACCUACGACGGCCAGCACUACGCCUCUAUCUCCCUACCUAGUUCCUACUUCAACAAUACCUGCGGCCUCUGCGGCAACUACAACGACGACCCCUCAGAUGAUCCCGUUCUUCCCGACGGCACCCUGGCAGAAAGCGUGGCGGAGCUCGGUGGCGGCUGGCGGGCGGAGGACGCCGACUGGCGGUGUACAGAUGGUUGUGUUGACAACUGCACUGUGUGCGACCCGCUAACAGAAGCGUUCUAUUUUACCUCUGACUACUGUGGACUGAUCAACAAAACAGACGGACCUUUUAGAGACUGCAGAGCCGUGGUGGACCCCACUGCCUUUGUGUUUAGCUGUGUCUACGACAUGUGCAGCAACAAGGACAACAUCACAACACUCUGCCAAGCCGUCCAGGCUUACGCACUAGCCUGUCAAGCCGUGGGUGUUGCCAUCAGACCCUGGAGGUCUCGCACAUUCUGCACUUUGGCAUGUCCACCAUUCAGCCACUACCAAGUGUGCACCAGCGCCUGUCCAGCCUCCUGCUCGGACAUCACUUCCCCCCUGUACUGUGCUCACCCUUGCACUGAGGGCUGCCAGUGCGACCCAGGCUUUGUCCUUAGCGGCAGCCAUUGCGUGCAACGCGAUGAUUGCGGCUGCGAGUACAACGGCCUUUAUCACCCUCUAAAUGACACUUUUUGGUCUGGGGGCGAAUGCAGCCUCCAUUGCACCUGCGGCAUGGCAGGCGAAGUCUCUUGCUUCAAUGACUUGUGCAAGGAGGGCGAGGUGUGUGGGGCAGAGGUUGGCACAUUGGGUUGCUACCCUCGCAGGGAGGGGGUGUGUUCAAUGGCUCAGAAUGCUGUGACAUCAUCCUUUGAUGGCGCCUUCCUGCUGUUCCCAGAUGACAGCUCCUACUACCUGCUAAGGCUGUGUGGCCCUGCGCCAGCCAACGGCUCAAUGGUGGAGGUGAAGAUAGGUAGACGGCUGGUCAACAAGGGCCCUGCUUGGAAAAGACCUGUGGUAGUUACGGUUGCUAGCCUGGAGGUUCAGGUGGGAGGGAUGGAUUUGGAAGCGGUCAAGGUCAACGGUGAACUGAUCGCCCUUCCUUACGUCCAUCCUUUGGAGAGUGUAACCAUCUACAGAGCGCCAGGUAACACCACUGUGGUGGAGUCCCGUGGUCACCUCCGCGUCCUCUAUACGCAGCAGGGAUUCAUCAACAUCUCCCUCUCCACCAUAUUUUACAACACUACUUGCGGCCUGUGCGGCGUCUUCAACAGCGAUGCCAAUGACGACUUCCGCCUCCCAAACGGACGCUUGGCAGAGUCAGCCGAGCAGUUUGUGGAGGGCUGGCGCUCCUCUAUCGCCGACGACAUCACCUGUAACGGCGAUUGCGACGAGCUGUAUCGGACUUGCACGGACCUGCGUCUUUACCAGAGCUCAUGGAUGUGUGGCAACAUCAACGACCCGGGGAAUAGCUCUUUUCUGGCGUGCCACGCAGCCGUCAACCCGUCGCCGUUUUUCCGGAACUGCUUGUACAACAUGUGCGUGAAGGACGGGAACCGCACCACUCUGUGCUCCUCGCUGCACACAUACGCCACUGCCUGCCAAGAUGCUCAGGUCAUUGUCGCUUCCUGGAGGACGGCCACCAACUGCCCACUCCCGUGUCCGGAGAACAGCCACUUUGACGAGUGCACCAGCGCCUGUCCGCUGACCUGCUCCGGCUUGGAUGAACCCGAGGAGCCAUGUCCGCUGCCGUGCCGCGAGGGCUGCCGCUGCGAGGAUGGCUUCGCCCUGCGGGGCGGCCUGUGCGUGGCCCGCGGCGAGUGCGGCUGCGCCAGCCACGGCCGCCAGUUGGCCACCAACCAGACUUUCUGGAGCGACUGGGAAUGCCAGGAGCGCUGCUACUGCAACGGCUCUGACAACAGCGUCUACUGUCUGCCGGCGCCGUGCCACCCUGAGGAGUACUGCCAGGAGGAGGAUGGCCUGUACUACUGUCAGCCCCGCGCCGAGGCCCUGUGCGUGGCAGCUGGUUAUGGACACUUCCUGCCUUUUGGCGGCGUUCCGUUCGAGCUGCAGAGCUCUUGCCGCCUCGUUAUGGCCACCAGCAACUGUGGGCAGGGGAGCAGAGACCACACCGCCGUGCCUCAUUUUAAAUUGGCAGCGCUUAAUGAGGAAAGGGACACCAGACAGGCUGUUUGGGCGAGAGGCUUCGUCCUGGAGGUCUACGACUAUGAAGUCGAGGUGACUCGAAGCUACAAGAACACCGCCAUGGUGAAUAAGGAGCGCGUGUCCGUUCCUCUGAAGCUGGGUCCGGGCAAGGUCAGCAUCUUCACCUCAGGACUGCUCCUGGUCCUGGAAACAGACUUUGGCCUGAGGGUGGCCUUCGACUGGAACACUCUCCUGCUGGUGACUCUACCGCGUCACCUCUACGGCGCGUCCUGCGGCCUCUGCCAGGGCCCGCCCUUAGACCCGCCCACACCCGGCACCACAGACUGGGGGUCGGCCUGGGCCGAGAAGGACGCUUUAUGCCGGGUGGGCUGCGGAGAGUCCUGCCCGCGCUGCGGCUUGGGGGACAAAAGCGAAGGGGCCGUCGUCCUGACGCUGUGCGCCAUGAUGGUGGAUCGGGAGGGUGUGUUUGCCCACUGCCACAGUAAGGUGGCGCCGGCAUUUUUUUACCAAAACUGCCUGCAGGACACUUGCUUGGAUCAGGGAGCAGAGGAGACCAUUUGUAGCUGGCUGCAGGUCUACGCCAGCACCUGCAACAGCCACGGCGUGCCUGUGACCGGAUGGAGGAGCAGCACCCCUUGUGUCCACACGUGUCCUGCCAACAGCCACUACUCUGCAUGCAUGCCGCCUUGCCCGCCCCAGUGUGCCCCCGCCCGCGGCCAGAGGGACUGCGGCGGCGGCGGACUCCCGGACUGCGUGGAGGGCUGCCAUUGCGACCAGGGCUAUGUGGUCAACGGCAAGUCCUGCAUUCUGCCCCAGGACUGCGGCUGCUACACAGACGGCAAGUACUACGAGCCCAAGCAGCUGUUCUGGAACGCCGACUGCUCCAAGCGCUGCAGGUGCAUCGGUCGCAACCUGAUUCAGUGCGACCCGAGGCGCUGCAAGGCGGACGAGGAGUGCGCCCUUCGCCACGGCGUCCGCGGCUGCUUCGCCCGGCGCUCCGGCCAGUGCGUGGCGUCGGGCGGCGGCGUGUUCAAGACCUUCGACGGGGCCUCGCUGCGUCUGGCGGCCUCGUGCUCCUUCGUCCUGUCCACCAACUGCCACAAGCUGCCCGACGUCUCCUUCCAGCUCAUCGCCAACUUCCACAAGGGCGGCGCGCCCAACCUCACCACCAUCUCGCACAUUUACCUCUACAUCAACGAGGAGAACAUUCUCAUCUCGGGGAACACCAUCAAGGUGAACGGCACGCCGGUGUCCGUGCCGUUCGUCACCGGCCUGAUGACCCGCCUGUCCACGUCCGAGGGCUUCGUGGACAUCGACUCGCCGCAGGACAUCCAGGUGCGCUACAACCGCUUCAACACGCUCAGCAUCACCAUGGGCCAGCGGAUGCAGGACAAGCUGUGCGGCCUGUGCGGCAACUUCAACGGCGACCCCGGCGACGACUACAUCACCUCCACGGGAAAGGCGGCCGCCAGCGCUCUGGAGCUGGCCCAGAGCUGGAAGACCAACGGCAUGCAGAACAGGUGGGGGCGACCAACAUGUACACCUUGUUGUUACGUGUCCCUGGCCCAGUCCUGUGCCAACACGGCAGUGCAGGCGCUGCAAGGUGACGACGCCUGCCUGAAGCUGACCGAGCCGAAGGGCUUCUUCCAGCCGUGCCACGGCCUGCUGGACCCCAGGCCUUACUACCAGUCCUGCUACCUGGACGGCUGCUACAACCAACGCAGGGCCCAGGUGUGCGGCUCGCUGGCCGCCUACGCCGAGGCCUGCCGCUCCAUGGGCACCCUCACCACACGGUGGAUCACCCAGGAGAACUGCUCAGAAUGGAUCUACGACCCCUGUGCCACAGAGACCUGCACAAACUUCACCUGCGAGCAGGAGAACGGAGGCGACCUGUGCGGAUGUCCCGAGUUACCCAGCAGCCCCGGAGGCGACGACGACGUCAUACAGGCGGAGGUGACCUGCAGGCACGCCCGGAUGGAGGUGUCCAUUUCCAAAUGCAAGCUCUUCCAGCUGGGCUUCGAGCGCGGCGACGUCAGGAUCAACGACGAGCACUGCGCCGCCAUGGAGGGCGAGGACUACAUCUCCUUCCACAUCAACAACACCAAAGGACACUGCGGCUCCAUCGUGCAGUCAAACAACACGCACAUCGUGUACAAAAACACGGUGUGGAUCGAGAGCGUCAACAACACGGGGAACGUCAUCACGCGAGACAAGACCAUCAACGUGGCGUUUUCCUGCGCCUACGAACUGGACCUCAGGAUCUCGCUGGAGACGGUCCUUAAACCCAUUCUCAGCGUGAUCAACCUCGCCCUACCAACCCAGGGCGGGAACUUCAUCACCAAGAUGGCGCUCUACAAGAACGCCACGUACCGCCAUCCCUACAGGGAGGGGGAGGCGGUGCUGAGCACGCGCGACAUCCUCUACGUGGGCGUCUUUGUGGACGGCGCCGACGAAAACCAGCUCCACCUUGUGGUGAACACGUGCUGGGCCACGCCCUCGCGCAAUAGCAGCGACCGACUCCGCUACGUCAUCAUCGAGCGAGGGUGCCCCAACGUGAAGGACAACACCAUCGGCAUGGCGGAAAAUGGCGUGUCGCUCACCUGCCGCUUCCACGUCACCGUCUUCAAGUUCAUCGGCGACUACGACGAGGUGCACCUCCACUGCGAUGUUUCGCUCUGCGACGCCGACAAGAGCGCCUGCAAAGUGAACUGUCCGCCGAGGAGGAGGAUGUCCUCGAUGCUGCUAAAAGAACACAUCCUGAGUGUCGGACCUAUAAGGAGACAAGAAUGGGACUGGUGCCAGGAGGACAACGGCGGCUGUGAGCAGAUGUGCACCAGUAAAACCACUGGUCCAGUGUGCAGCUGUGUGACUGGGAUGCUGCAAGCAGACAGGCGGAGCUGUCAAACCGCCAGCUGCAGCUGCAGACUCGCACCUGAGCUCCUCCUGCUGAGCGCCGCCGUGCUUCAUGCUCUUCGCUGAUGCACGAUUGCAACACAACACAAAGACUUGAAGACACAAAAAUAACUGUUUGUUUCACGCAAGUAAGUCGCUCUAUUUUCGCUGUGACGAAACGGCGCCCGAUUGACCCCGAAAAUAACAUUUUUUUUUUUUUAGUAUGACAUCUUCCGCUGUCUUGUUGUCUCCUGGUGGUGUGUUUUCUUUUAUCGCCACUAGAGGGCAGCAUAGAAAAAACAUCAAGGGUCCAGUUUCCUAUCUGAGGACACUUCAUUAGGUACAGCUGCACAAUCUACUCUCAAUACAAAAUAAUUGAUUCAUGGCGUUGAUUACCUAAUGUUUUGGUGACAAAAAAUGUCCUCUUUCGAAAAGAAAUACAGCAAAAACAUGUUUUAAAUGCAUAUUACUGUUAUGUGAGGGUCUUGUAAUACCGCAUUGUACCUCAAGAGGCAGCAGUGACAAACGCGAUUAGUGUUUUAAGGUCGUCUUGCGCCACCUGUCAGUCAGAUUCCGUCACACAAAACCGGGUUAGUGUUUUAUUUUGAAAAGUAACAUACUUCCUAUACAAUGAUUAUCAUCCUAAAGUUCUCACAAUGUUUAUUUCUUAAUGAAAAUGCUUUUUUUUUUUUUUUUCAUGUACAAAUGUAAAGUCCUUUGAUGUGUCAUGUGACGUCGAGGAGUAACACCGAAAAGGUACAAAAAAUACAUGAGAAUAAAGUCGUGGACUUAAUGCUGAAAUAUUCCAGAUUUUUGAAAAAAAUAACAGAAUAAAGUGAUAUUUUAGAGGUAUAUUGAUUUUAUAAGGAAAAGCAGCUACUGUAAGAAGUGGGAAGAAAGUGAUAUUACAUGGGGAGGAUUUUCACAAAUUUGAAAUAACAUUUAAGAAUAAUAAGUUGUAAUAUUACCGGGAAUAAGGAAUUAUUUUGCGAGAAUAAGGUCCUAAUAUUUCAGUAAAAGUUGCUGUCUCGCGGCAAUAACGUUACAUAUUGUGGAGAAAACGUAAUAUUACGGUUUUAUUUUUGUCAAAUUGUGACUUUCUUUGUAAUUAUGACUGUUUUAUAAAUAAAUAAAAAUGUCACAAGAAUCAAGCUGUGAUAAUAAGUUGAAAUAUUACGAGAAUGAAAUUGUACUGUGUUAAUACGACUUAUUCUUGUUAAAAACCCACUUUUUAAACUUUUUUUUAAAAUGUGACUUCAUUUGACUAAAGUUGUCAUUUUAAGGGAAUAAAGUUGGAGGACUGUACGAGAAGAAUAUGGUAAAAUUCAAAAUAAUGGUGGUAAUUUGUGUUUGUUCAAUAUAAAAGUAAUUUAUAAAGAAUGCAAUUGUAGUUUUGUGCGAGUGAAGUAAUAUUACAAAAAAACAGGGAACUCAGAAUUGAGGGAAAAAAAGUAUCGAGGUUCAGAGAAAAAUUGUUUCAUUUUAUAAGAAUAAAGUUGUAAUUUGGACAGGGAAAAAAAAUCUGUCAUUUUACGAGAACAAAUGUGUAUUUUUAUCGGAGGAAAAAUAACAAAAGAUGUCGUAACCCUACGAAUUUUACGAGAAAGAAAGUUGUAACACUCCAGUAGGAGAAAUGUUGACGUUUUUGUUUUUUUUAAUCUGGCGAUUUUUUUGGAAGGGAAAUUGCUUCGAUUCUCGUAAUAUUCCGACUUUAUUGUCAAACAACUUGAUCUUUUUUGUGAUUAAACACUUUUUUGUAUUUUUUCUGUGUGGUCCCUAAUGUUACGAGACGUCAUGCGUGUGUUUUACGAUCAUCGGUGUGUGU